AUGCCUUCCACAACAAAGACUUCCCAGGCCGCCCGUCUUCAGAACGACUUCGGCGCUGAUUACUGGGUUCGCAACCCUGAGGAUGAGCACCGCCGCCCUACCGCCGGAAGAGGCCUUUUCGCUGGUCUCCAAGACACCAAGCACUACAAUGUGGAAUCCGGCUGGGCUCGUCGCAAGUCUUCUACUGAGUCAACUGGAAUUUUGGGAUCGAUCUGGAGCCGAUUCACUGGCGGAUCUGCCUAA